UCCACUUCCGGCCGCGCUAGCGAUAGGACGUGUUUUCAUGUGCUCCGUAGGGGCGGUGACAGCGGCUUUGAGCCGCGGAAACAGGAUGGAGAGCAGCAGUUCUGAGGAUUACCAGGUGGUUCUACCGCAGUUGCCUACAGGUCCGUGCGUUUUAAAUACUGUUUUUCUGCACGGGGACAUAAGAGCCAGGCCAUACCGGGCCGAAGAUUUUCGUGACACGUUGGCCCGUCAGGGAUUGCUGACCGAGGUCGUGGCCCUCGGAGCAUUCCAGAUGAACCACGUGUGGGCGGUGACUUUCUCAAGUGCUGAAGCAGUGAAAAAGGUACUGUGCCAAGGUGACUUGAAGGUGAAGGACCGAAGAUGCCUCGUCGUGGACCCGUGGAGCCAGGACGUUCGUCUUAAGCUCUACUGGCUACUGCGCAACAUUCACGACGAGGAAGUUUGCUCGGCACUAAGCCCGUAUGGGAAAGUGAAAGAAGUAACCCGUGAACGCUGGCGCAUUCAAGGCAUCCAAGACAAGGGAUCAUCGACGCGCACUGUUUGCCUGAAGUUACAGCCAGGCGUGACUGUGGAUGAUUUACCGCAUCAGCUGCGCAUCGGCGGCAUCAUGUCGCUUCUGGUCGCACCCGGACGAGCCCCGUUAUGCCUGCGAUGCAACCGAACGGGACAUAUAAGAAGAGACUGUCGAGUGCCCCGCUGCGUGGUGUGUAAACGUUUCGGUCAUGAAGAAAGCGAAUGCGUGCGAACCUACGCCAAUGUAGCUGGCCCUCCGAAAGGUGAUGAAGUAACCCGCGAACACUUAAUGGAUGAAGCAGACGCUGAAGAAGCCGCCAGUGGAUCAAUGAUGGCGCCGCAAGCUACAACUCCGGAACCGGUGGUGCAUGCAGCGGACAAAGAAACCCCGAAGUUGCCUCCGAAGAUGGCCAAAGUCGACACCGAUGAAAAGACAGACAGGAGCUCGGAGAGGGAUUUGAAGACGACUACCGAUGAGACGUCGAUGGAUACAAGUGGAGCGCCGUUAAAACGAACCCUUGAAGAAGACCCUCAAGGAAGUGUGGGUGAUACCAGCACUAAGGAACCGAUGCCAAAGACGCCAUAUCGUCGGAUGACCUUGAGGCCGCAGCCUAAUUUGCCAGCGAGCCGGAAACCGACGGACACAGCACCAACUUAG